GUCACAUCAUCACAGCUCAACAAACGACACCCAACUCAUAGCAUUCAUUAUACGACUGUACUGCAGACGAUACCAAAUGUGAGCACAAUAUCCUUGGAAUAAUGAUUGUUCGUGAAUUUCACCGAGCUAUUCCACUGAGUAGAAUUCUAAGCAGAUCAACUCGAUCAUGCCCUACGAGACUUGUUUUGAGGGGAUUGAGGUCAAGCUCGUUUGCCUCCUCGCUCAAGCAGCGCACCGCUUUCUUCACGGCAAAUCGGUUAACACCCGCCUAUUUGACGACUAAUUUAUUCCACUUAAGCGUCAGUGAUGCCCAACAUCUCCCUCACUUCAAGGAAAACCCCCAACAGCCAACAGGAAAGUCAAAUGAUCCUGAUGACCGACCUUAUCUGCUACCGCACCCUAUUUGGACGGAUGAAGAUGUCAACAAAGUAGAGAUCAAGCACACACCACCAGCAACCAAAGUUGAUAAGCUGGCUUACUUCUGUGUUCAGUUCCUCCGAUCUGCUUUUGACUUGGGUUCUCUUUACAAGAUCGGUCCCAUGACAGAAAGCAAAUGGCUAACGCGCAUCAUUAUGUUGGAAACAGUUGCGGGUGUCCCAGGCAUGAUUGGUGCUAUGACCAGACACUUUAACUCACUACGGAGGCUGACGAGGGACCACGGGUGGAUACAUACACUAUUAGAGGAAGCUGAAAAUGAACGAAUGCAUCUAAUGACAGCAUUAGAACUGAAAAGGCCUGGAAUACUAUUCAGAGGAGUCAUCCUUGCCGCACAAGGAGUGUUUGUAAAUAUGUUCUUCAUUGCAUACCUAACUAGCCCAAGGUUCUGCCACAGAUUUGUGGGAUACUUAGAGGAAGAGGCAGUGAAGACUUAUACAUAUUGUCUAGAGUGUAUUGACAAUGGGAAACUACCAACAUGGAACACAUUGAAAGCUCCCAAAAUUGCUAGUAAUUACUGGAAGUUAAAGGAAGAUGCCGUGAUGCGAGAUGUGAUCCUCGCGAUUCGUGCAGAUGAGGCACACCACAGAGUUGUCAACCACACUCUCAGCUCCAUACACCUGGACGAUCCAAAUCCCUUUUUCCCCGGACAGAGAAAACUAUAAAAUGGGCACUAGAUUCUUAACUAACUCUAAAAGACGAAGAAUUUUAGACAGGAUAUCUUGAGACCCAAUGUAAAACUUGGUUUAGAUGCAAUACCUAACUUUCCUCUGGUUUGAACUGUAAUGCUACACUGUUAAUACAGUAUGUUAAUCCUGUAGGAGGAGGUCCAUCAGUAAAUACAUGGCCAAGGUGACUGUCACACUGUAAAUAAGAAAAGUAACAUUCACUCAAUAUUUAUAAGAAAUAUCUGAAAAAAUGUAAAAUGAUAGAGGGAAAACAGGUACAGGAGCACAAAGUACAGUUUCAAGAACAUUCAGUGUGGCUGUUGGGCCCAUAGUGCUAAAAAGAAGAGACGUGGAAAACUAAAUGUAAAAUGUCUGUUGGAGGGAAGGGGGAUGGGAGACCAGAGUAAAUGUUUUUUUAUUUUGCUAUAAUUUAUUAAAAUAGAACAAAAAAUGUCUAAAUAUGA